GCGAGAACGUUUACUUCUUAGCAGGUUUAUGCAAAGUAACAACAAAGACUAAAUAAUUACACAAUGUAAAUUAUAAAACGCAAUAAUCACACACUUGAAAGUUAAUCACCACAACGAAUCACACUUGACCAAACCCUACUCUCCUCCAUUAGUCAUUCAUUCUUUGUUUUGUUUGUUAGCAGUGUGAUGUCCAGAAAGAUCCACCUCUUAUCUUAUCAAUUACCACUUUGUUCCAAACCAAAUCAUUCUUUAUAUAUUCAAUAGUUCGUUAAUCGUUAGGUAUAUAUGCUGAUAUAAGUACAUGCAACUUAAAACUCAAAUCUGUUGCACAGAAAGAUCCAUAUAUGUUCAAACAAAUCAUGAUUUUUCCUCUAAAUAGAACAACAAAACAAUAACCACUUACUUGCCUAACUAACAAACAUACCAAAAUAGAUAUGUUCCGGUCUAAUUCACCGCUGGAUAUUCACUCAAAUCAUUUGUUAAAAAAAAAAACACUAUAUAUAACAUAUUUUUGCAUGCCCAUUUAUAAAAUCACCUCCUUCCUCGUCCUUAAAAAAACCUAAUCCACCACCUUGUGCUCAAUCACAAACACAAUAUAUAUACGUUUCCUUUUAUAUAUUACACACACAAUGUCAACCGCUACCCAUAUGACCAUCCUCGGGAUGAUCUUCGUCCUCCUCGCCGCCUCAUGCAGAAGCGCGGCAGCAUUUAGCCUCUUUCUCGACGACCCUUGCACGGUGACGGAUUUUCCUGCAUUGUGCAGAGGCACCAUUAAGGGUCAAAAGAAUGUGAACGCAGCUACGGAUGUGGCCAUAGCAGAGCUUAUGAAGAGGACGAGGCAAGCCAGAGAUAUCGCCAAGAAAGAGCUGAAAGUACUUGACGGAGGUGUUUCGACUUGUUUGUCCAACUUCAAUAGCGCGUUUGACAAUUUGGACAAGGCCCUUAAGAACAUUAAGGAAGGUGAUCGUUUUAGCCUUAACAUUAACCUUAGUGCUGCGUUAACGGACUACGAUACUUGCAGCGAGACAAUGAAGGGAACUCCGGGGAAUAACGCCAUUUAUAAAUCCGCAGGGGUUUUGUACAAGAUGGCUGAUAAUUGUUUGGCUCUUUCUACCCUUUUUAAUUAAGCUAUGAUUUACCAACGAAAAUUGUGGUUUCAGAGAGGAAAAAAUAAUAUAUACAUUGCUUUUAUGGAGUAUAUAUUUAUAUGUUUUUAAUUUGGACUAAUUUCGGAUUUAAAAAGAAAAUUGUGGAAAGAGGAAGAUCUUGUGUGUAUG